AUGCCGAAGCGGUUCCUGGCAAUAUCGGAGUUGGAUUCCGUGGCACUUAUCAACAUCUGUGAGGAUUUCGAGCAGUCGGACGUCCAGGCCCCCGUCCUUUCGGUAUACGAAACCAAGCCCACCAAACUAAAAGAAAGGUUUUGGCUCUCUCGGUCUGAAGUCUUUGUGGACAAGACAUUGGCAAGGACCUGGGCCUUGGAGGAAAAGCUUCUGCCGAGUGAUGCAAACCAUGAUGCCAUUAGCACCUUUCAACCUCAAUCUACAGUCCACCAGGAGAUCGGACUUCUUUUAAUGUCUGCACUGCAAAUGCACCAAAUAGCUAUGACUAAAAGCGCCAUCAACGCUCCAAAUCCGACUGAUCUGUGGAAGAGAGCAAUCUCGUAUGCAUCCGUCAGCCGGAAUCCCCAAUCCAAACAAAGCCCACCGGAGGCACAACUUGGCUCUAGUAUCCCGUCCAGCUUUGACCACGUUCCUUCCCAAGAUCCCACCGAAUAUGUCAAGGAAGAGACCCUGCCGUCCCGACCCUGCUGGGAAUUUGAACCUUUCGGGCACGAAGAGGAGUUUGUUGGGCGUGACGAUGUUUUUGAUAUGAUCGACCAUGUUUUCGAUACGAUCGUUCCAGACCCAGCUGCCACAACCGAUGGUAGCAGCACACACGAGCUUACAUGUUGCUCGAUUAGCGGACUCGGGGGAAUAGGAAAGACACAGACUGCUAUCGAAUAUGCCUGGUCGCGCCGGAAGUUUUUCGACGCGGUUUUUGUGGUUCAGGCUGAUGGUGCAGCAAACCUGUCUGAUAACUUUGCAGGAAUUGCGUCCAAGCUUGGAAUUCUAGACCCGAUGGAAAAAAGCGAAAAAUCCAGAGAGGAAACUGAUCUGAUUGUCAGUCGCAGCAAGGCAAUGAAAUGGCUCUCUGCUCCGAAGUUCGCCCCAACCACGAGUGAUGACAACAGAACAGGCCGAGAGAUCCCAUGGCUUCUCAUAUUCGACAACGUUGAAGACGCAUCGUUACUGCGUGACUAUUGGCCAGUGGGAAGUGAAGGCUGUAUACUGGUAACUACCCGGGAUGAAAGAGCUGGUGAUUAUCUCCGGUCACAGGGCGCUAUCACUCUGGAUCGCCUGAGCACAAAAUUCGGGGCAGAUUUGCUUUUGCGAUUGAGUUACUUACAAGCCAGCAAUAUCAACCUUCAAGACGCCUCGGCGAUUGUCGAAAGGGUAGAUGGACUGCCUAUUGCGAUUGAAAAGAUUGCGGCCUACAUUUACCGAAAGUCCAUGUCCUUAAAAGAGUUCCUCAAGUUGUAUGACAAGAGUCUCCUUGCACGCUCACCUUCCGAAGCCAAUGAAUCGUGGAGUCAUACCAUCGCCACUUCUUGGGCUCUGGACGAUCUCAAUGUCGCAGCGACAGCACUCAUUGAGACUUUUGCUUGUCUUCAUCCCGUAUCUAUUCAAGGAUCGGCCGAAAAACGACCCGACGUGCAACCUUCUUUGGUUGGAUUCCCUAUAGAUGCGCUUGAAUACAUUGCGGCACGCUCUGAGCUAGCCAAAGGAUCAUUGAUAAGGUUCAACAUGGAGACUGAGGUAGUCAUCAUGCACCGUUUGGUCCAAGACAUAGUUCUCGCACGUAUGAGUGACGCUCGACGACUUGCAACAUGCGGUUUUGCUAUCAGGAUGCUUCUCUCUGCUUGGCCCACGACCAGUCAUAAUUUCGAGCACGAGACACGGCACUGGACGGUUAAAGAAGGGCUGCGUCAACACAUUUUACGCUUGGCUGAAAUUGCACGGAAAUACAGUCUCGAUCGUCUCGAUCUACCCACUAAACGCAGCUUCGUUAAAUUACUUCAAAACGGAGGGUGGGACCUCCAAGAGCGCGGCAACUUCGUUGAUGGUAAGCCGCUCUAUGCACUUGCUGUUGAUCUCUGCGAGAAUAAUUCGGAGGCAAUGUUAGACCUCCGCGCUGACAUUGCCUUUAAUUUGGCCAAUGUUGCAAGUGAGACAAAUCAAUUUCAGUCUUGUCUCAAGCAUGUGCGGGAGCAUCUCCAUCUUCGACUACGCCUUGAUGCCGGGAACGAAUUGGCAAGUGCGGACACCGGCAUUGCCUAUAGCUCGCUUGGUCUGGGCUUGCUGUUAACCGGGAAAUAUGAAGAGGCCGUCAAGCAAUGUGAUAAAUCGAUUGAAAUAUACGGGAAGCGACCAGAGACUCUGGACAACACUUUCUAUCCCACAUUUCCCCAUAUUCACCGCGCUCUGGCUCUCACAGGUGCUGGAAGACCAGGGGACGCGGAGGAUGGUUUGUUGGGGGGUUCUCAAGUGGCGUGA